AUUUUCUAUUUAAUUCUUAUGUCUAUAGUGGAAGCCAUCUCCAAGAUUUCUGCGCAUGGUCUUUAAUUUGACGUUCGAAUAGUUUUGGAGGGAAAGCAACGGUUAACUUUUAAGCAUUUAAACCCUUUAAUUUGUUUGUGUUUACGUUAAUAUAAAUGUGAUGGCUCAACCAUCAGUAGCAAGUUUUUUUACCACUAGAAAGCGGUCUGUGAUUGAAGACACCAAGAUAAAUCGAGCUAGAAAGGAAAAGGAAGAAAAGAGUGUUAAAUCAAAAAAAAAAUUGCACACAGUGACACCAGCUAUACAAACUGAAACAAAGAAAGUUCUUCAUCCUGCAAAAGGGAGGAAAGUUAAAGAACUCACUAAUAAUAAAAAUAUUCAGGAGUUUUUAAAUAACAUCAAAAACACAACAAAAGAAACUCCAGUUGAGCAAAAUGUUACUGAAGAAAAAACAGCCAAAACUACCUCGGGAAAUGAAAAUGCCAUGGAUAAAGUUUCCGAUAAAAGUAAAGGCCCUUCAAUUAAAGAAAUACAAAAGAAAAUGUCUAGAAGUGCUAAAUUGGCAGAGCUAAAGGCAUCAAUUUCCAGGUUUCAAGAAAAAGACACCAAAUUAAAAGAAAUAGAAAAGAAAACAGUCAUCAUUCCACAAUCUCCAAAGAUUAAAGCCUUUAAAACUAUUGAAGUUGAGGUUCAUACAAGUCCUCAAAAAUUAUUCUCCCCAGAAAAGGCCUACCUAAGUCCUAAAAAAGAUGCUUCUGGCGCUCGCAGGAAUCUUCUAAACUUGUUAAGUCCAGCUAAGAAGACAUUGACCAUUCCGGCUAGCCCGAAGAAGUCAACAUUAGAUUUAACCCCAAAAGCUGCUCUUACUUUACCAUUUAAAUAUAGAUAUGUGGCUGAAAUGUUCAGAUGUAUUGAUACUGUCUCCCAAAUAUUGUACAACCGCAAAGAGACCAUAACUUUUAGAAAAUUAAAGCCUGCAGUUGAAGAGAUGCUAAAAAGAAAUCUAAUAGAAAAACAUAUUGCACAAAUAAAAACAAUUUAUUCGGAAGCAUUUAAGCUGACUCAAGAAAAAGUUAAAGUUUUUGGAACUGGUAUGAAGCAUGAACAAUGGGAGCUUGUAUUCCAUCCAAAUAUUGGCAGUCAUGAACACAUUACAUCAGACGUCCUUCUUGAACGCAGAAGAAUUUUGUUUAAUAAGCUUUUAGACAAAGUAAAAGAUUAUCAUAGUGAGUUUCUGCUUUCAUUGACACCACCUCUGAAUAUUGCCAAGGAUAAAAUUACCAAAUGGCAUCCCGAAUUUGAUAUUGAAAAAGUGCCUGACAUAGAGUUGUCUGAAGUACCAAAGCCUCCAAUUGAAGAAGCUUUUUCUAGCGGUAAAGAUGUUUUGGAAAAAGCAAAAGAAAUGUUUAAUUGUAACACAAGAAUGGAGAUGGCGCUGGAAAGGUUGAGGGCUGCCAAGAACAAUGAGACCAUUGUUGUUCCAGAACAACCUAAAUUGGAAAAUCAGUCAGUUUUAAAGGGUAUUCCUAAAGCACUUUUGGAAAAAGUUAGGCAAAAGCAAGCAGCAAAGGCUCUUCUCACAAUGACCCGGUCAGCAGAUAAGGAAAAGGAGAUUAAAAUGUAUGGUAGACUGUCGGAAUUAGCAAGAAUAACUAGAACAUUGUAUGUGUCUGAGAAAAAAGGUGUCCUUCCUUUAGAUGUUGUAGUGGAAAAACUUGGAAAUUGUUACAGAGAGACCUUGACUAAGACAGAAAUGGAAGAACACCUAAAAGCUAUUUCUAAAGAAGUACCUGGUUGGUUAGUAUUCCACAAUAUGAGAAAUACUAACUAUGUUAAAUUAUCUAAAGAUGCAGAUCUAAGUUUAGUUAUAAAGAAGUUGGAUGAUUUAGCAAAGCUUAAAAAUGAAACCUAAUUUUCACAUUGCAUGUUUAAUUUUAUUACCAAAUUUUAAUUUUAUAGUAAUAUAAUUUUAAUGUAUAUUUUAAUAAUAAAAAGUAUAGUUUUUAUAUACUUAAGAUAUUUAAAUUUAUUUCAUUUAUACCCAAUUAAGUUACUUUAAUUUAAGACUGAUUUGUUAAUUUAAUACAAACAAUGUUUAUCUUUUAAAAAAUACUUUCUUAACUAAUCUAAUUAAUUAAAAUUAAAUUUACCUAUUAUAAUAAACUUCAAAU